AUUACUGCCCUGUGGGUAACCUAGUUAUUUUUAUAUGCGCUGCAAUGAAUAAUAUACGGCAAAGGAAAGAAGUGUAUUAAUUUGCGUAUUUUCUGAUGUGUCACACUUAGGUAAGCAAUAUCUCACAGUAUCUUGAAUUAAUUUUUUAUUUGGUGGUCUGCCAUAUUCUAUACUGAUACCGUUUUGUAAUCUAGAAAUGUUUGAAUAUUUUCCGCUGUGCAAUUUGACACGUACUAUAAAGCUAAACUUAAACCAAGCUUUCGUUGGUAGGGAUACAACUACCUGAAAAAUAUAAAGAGAAUUUCAACGUUUCGAGCGAAGAUCAUUCGUCUGGAGCUACUAGAACUUUGCUAGUAACUCUAGACGAAGGGCUUUCGCUCGAAACGUCGAAAUUCUCCUUAUAUUUUUCAGGUAGUUGUAUCCCUACCAACGAAAGUUUGUUUAUAUUAUUGGCAAUUAUUGGCACUACCUAAGGCUAAGACAACAACUUAAAUCAUCCGUCUGACGAACAUGUCUAUCUUGGCAGUGGCGUAACGUUAUAUCAGGGGGCCCCCGGUUCAAAAUUUUCGAAGGCCCCCCUAGUAGAAGUGCCAAAGGCACGAGUCGAGCGCCGUAUAUGCACGAAAUUUCUAGGGGGUCCAGGGCAUGCUUAUCCGGAAAAUUUUUGAAUUUAGACUCUCUGAAAUGUCAUUUCCUGGGCUUUGGGGAGAGAUUUUACAGAAUUCUGAUGGUCAUAAAACUACAUUGUAACAUAUCAGAGGCCCUGACCAAUGUUUUUGCUCUAUUGCCUAAGCCUGGGGGCCCCCAUUUAGGUUGGGGCCCCCGGGUUCUCACGGUCUGAGCCCAUAGUAGUUACGCCACUGUAUCUUGGUAUAAGCAUAUUCACAAGCCAACACAAGCGAACUAUAAAUUAUUCAGGACCCUUAGGACCGCUCAUUAUUUAUUGUACAGGGGAGUUGAGGAGAAACUGGGAGGCCUUUAAAUUUUAAAACCUGAAAGGGGCUUUGAAGAAAUACAGAGAGAGUGAAAGAAAGGGGCUUUGAAAAAGAUUUACUACUAUGAAAAAACAUUAGUAGUUUUAAAAUGUAUCACAAAACAACUUAACAACAAAUAACAAUGUUUAUAGACCUUUAAUAUUAUUAUUCAUAAAUGGAAGCCAAGUAAAGUCUCUUAUGUUUACUAAAUAGGCGAUUCCCAUAAUCCCAUUAUAGAUUAAUUUUAAAAAUAGGCAAAGAGAUGCAAAUAAAUCACGGCUAGAAAGAGCAUACUAAAAUGAGUAAUCAAAAAUUUGCGAACUUUGCAAGGCUAUAUUUUUAUUUCCGCAUUUUAGUAUGUUCUUUCCGGGAAUAUACUUUUUUUGCUAAGGGACCAGUCAUAAAGUAUAAGGGGGGGGGGGGUGGGCUGGGAAAAAUAAGGGGUGUGUCACUAUUUUUGAGCACGGUUGAAGGGGUGAGUCAUCGACAGUUAAUUGCAAUCAUAAGGGUGGGCCAUGUAAAAUAUGCAGAAUUUUUUCAAGGGCACGUGUAUUAAAAUUUAUGUUACAAAAAUAGAAAUAAAAUGUAUCAGGGUCCAUGUGUAGAAUUUAUACCGCAAACGUUAACCUCAAACUUAAAAGCUGAAUUUAGUGUCUUGGCUAAUCAGUGGCGGACACUGGGAAACAUCUCUCAGUAUAUAUCAAUUCAAAAGUGCCCUUUCACGAAAAUCUGCUCCCCUUCACAUCGUUCCGGCGUCCCUGAGGCUAAUAGUUGCUAACUGAUUUUCUGAUUUUUUUUUUUUUUUUUCCUUUUUUUCUCUGCGUUGGUGCUGUGUACUCAGGUGAAUAAUUUGUUUGCGAUGUUACUCUGAGUGCAUAUCCACACCGGUCGAGCUUGAAUCCCACUGAUUUUCUGAUAUUACUGCUAAAUGUCACGAGCUUUGUGCAGGAUGUUUAUUAUGUAACAAAAUUAGUGUAAUUUCUAAGAGAGCGUAGUUAAAUCACAAUUAUCGUUAGCGGUUUGGAGUUAGCCGUAAAUGUCAAACUAAAGUUCUCUAAUUAUGAGCUGAAAGAUACUGCAGCAUGCAUGCGAAUUUCCAUCAAAGAAAGACCUUUCUGUAUUUAAUUGCACCACUUAAAUAGCUAGUGAGUAUUGUAACACAGAAUUAUUUGGCGACAGAAAAAUGGACGCUGGUAUCUUUCACCUUUCUGAAAGGGUGGGUCAUAAUUUUUCAGCACCAAUUUAAGGGUGGGCUACACAUUUUCGAGCAGCUAUUAAGGGAUGGCUAUCAAAAUUGCAGAUACCAAAUAUUUGAUUUUCCCAGCCCACCCCCGCUUUUACUUUCUGACCAGCCCCUAAGAUUAGUCCAUAAUGGGAAUUGUCUAUUGGUCCCCAUUAUCUAUUUUUGUUUUUCUAAGCCCGAUUCCGGGGGGGGGGGGGAUUGCUCCAAAAGUUAUGUUCUUGUUUUGCCUGUUGGAGGGGACUUUGAAAAUUCUACUUCAAGCAAACUUCCUAACAGGUUUUUUUAUAAAUUUUGAAAUAUUUCUUCAGAAAUAUUGUCUGUAGAUUUACGCUCGUAUUCUAAAAGCUCGCUCACACUCAAUGAGUGGAAAUUAAAUCUGAGCUUCUCUCGAAUGUCAUUGCUGUUUUUGAAUUGCUGGAGGAUUAGUGUCGUACCUUACUAUGUGACUACUCACCCUCCAGCUAGUUCAAAAACAGCAUUGACGCUCAAGUUCUCGAGUAACAUGCCCAUCAACAUUUUCAAACAACAGAAAUAAAUUUUCCACCAUUUGUGAGUUUUAAGAAACGAAACCAACAGUAAACGCUCAAACUUCAAUCUUAAAAUUAAUAUACAUGCAAAAAUACAAGUUGUGAUUGAAAAUAUUGAAAUUGUAGCACUCUUUAUCUUCUGUUGUUGUGGUCAACACAAAAACAAAUGGUCUAGAAUACGUUCGCUUUUAAGGGCUGACUUUAGGUGCGAUUUUCCUCUGAUGGAUGUAAAAAAUAUAACGGAUGAGUCAUGAAUGUUCAGAUGAGCAUACUGAACAUUCAUAACUCAAUCUGGUCGUUCACAUUUAUGCAUCAGAAGAAGAAAAUCGCACUAGAAAUCGAAGAAAAAGUUGCAAGUGCAAAUGGACCAUCAGCCAUUAAUUGAGUAAAAUGUCUAAGAAAUAUCAUAAAGAUCGUUAUUGAAAUGUUCGAGGAAAAAGGAGUUGUGUGUAUGGGCGUGCGAUAGAUGCCAAAUGCGCGUGUCUCACACAAUACAUGUGAGAAAUUGUUUCCUAGCCAUGUUUUCUGACCUGAAGGUGAGCAAACCAGGAAACAUUGUUUUCUAGCCAUGUUUCCCAAAGGUGGCAAGCCAGGAAACAUUGUUCCCUAGCAUGUUUCCCAAAGGUUGGCAAACCAAGAAACAUUGUUUACUAGCCAUGUUUCCCAAAGCCUAGGUGGACAAACGAGGGAACAUUGUUUCCUAGCCAUAUUUCUGAAUCUGGGCAAACCAUGAACAUUGUAUUUGCAACAUAAAUCACGUCGUUGGGAAACAAAUUUCUGAAUUGAAUUUCUUCGGAUCAUUUCCCAUCCAUGGGUGAGCAAAUGGGAAAACAUUCAACUGGAAAGAUCAAAAUUUUCAAACGUUUUUCCGGCAAUCUUUCCUUGUUAGCCCUGCGCUUGACGUUAUAACAGGCAAGACCAGGUCAAAUGAAUAACCUUAAUUUACAAGCAUUUAUAAAAAGUGAUCUAUUCUCUGUUCGGUUACUAUUUUUACCCAGGGCUUUAGCGUAAGCACCCUUUGAUAUUACCGAAAACACUUGAAAAGCAAUAUGCAUUAUCAUCAUUGCACAAUAUCAGGGUGAUAUCUGCAAGUGCAAUUUCAACAAUUACCCUAACGAAAAAUUAAUGCACUUUUAAAUAGAAUCGAAUAUACCUUUUUAUAUGGGACUGCUUUGUAUGUGAUAUGUAAAUUAAAAAUUCAGCACUAUAUUCGGUAGGUUGUCACUCUCGAUCUUCAACAGUUCAGUCCGAAAUUGCGGUUUUAUAGUCUGCCAACUAUCAUUUAAAAUAUUUCGUUAGUUGUCAGUUAAAAUUACGGGCAAAUGUAAGUAGUAUGUCAACUGCAUCCAAUACACAUCAUUUGCAUUUGUGUAGUUUAUCUAUCGCCAGGUGUAUUGGCAUAUGUACAAGCCGUGUUAAUUGUUCAUGAAUUUCUAAUGAAUGACAGUCAUAGCGUAAUGUAGGCGCCGUAGCGAAUAACAUUAGGUCGAAAACAGUACAAAUUGCUUGGCACUACCCCCGCUAUGGCAACAGUGUAAUUUUGUAAUUUUAUGAAGUAUAAGCUCAGUAUAUCGAAUUGAUAUUUCUUAACAGGAGGCCCUCGAAGCUGAGUACGUUGCUAAAACUUUGGUGAAUGCAGAAUGGGCUUGAAAUGAAGAAAUGUUGUAUUAUAUGUUCGCAUAGAACAGCGAAUAGAAAUUCGGGAAGGCUACUCAAGUAUGUGCUAGGGGUGAUGCAGCGCUUAAUUCCUGGUUCGAUAGCGAACCUAAUGAUGUGGAAACAAUUUUAGCUAGUUGAACGAUUGGAGACACAUUUAAUUGCGUUGAGAUGCAAAAUUCACAGCUAUAAAAUAACAGCUAUACACGAAGAAGAUUAAAGUUGUAUGCAACUCUUCUACAUCCGCUUUCUACAUGAUUUUACACAACGAUGUCAUGGCGAACGGUCUAAAUCCGAACGCGACUGGCAUGCAGGUGAAUUCUCUUGCAAAUCGCAGGUCGAUAUUGCCUCCGAUUGCUACAAGUUACAACGACAAGCACAAUAGCAGGUCCUCGUAUGGAAAUACUGAUUUGAAAUCAAGCCAGGAUUGCAACCUGCCCCGAAUAAACUUCAACUCGUUCGGGUUAGAAAAUUCGGGAACUUUAACGGACACAAACAGGAAUAUUCCCAAAGACGAUUCGACGUUUUCGUUUCCGCGUGUUUACACUGUCCUGCCACCGAUUGGGAAAAAGUUUGUCCCUUCGGCUCCCCCAACGGUUAAUGUUCCUAAUGCUCCAAGCAACCAACGAAAGCACAAACGCUCUACUCGUCGACCGAGGGUAAAGAAACAGCCACAAAGUACGGAGGUCGAAAAUGUAUCGAAGGACAUUGUAUCAAAUUCGGAAACAGUUGUUGACAAUGCAAGUUUAAUUAAAACAUCGGUGGGCGAUUCAGAGAAGAUUAGUUCGGAGAGUUUUGCGAUUCAUAUACCGGACUCUGUACUUCCUACAAUCGAAGUAAAUUUAGUUGAAACUCAAAAUAUAACCGAACCUCAGCGCUCCGACACUUUGAAGUCGGAUGGCAAAAAGCAAAGUGACGAAAAACCAGGUCCUUUGGGGCCUGAUGCGAUAUACAGUACCCUAAGUGAAAUAGUAUCAAGUGAUGAUGGAUAUAGCGACAAUGAGCGUGGAUCAGAAACUCCAUUUCCACAAUUUAGCACGAUUCCAGACGACCUAAGACUCUACGCGGAUGUGUACCCGUCUUCGCCGCCUCCCAAUGAAAGAAGGGCUAAAAUUGCGGUCGAAAAGACGAGACAAUUGCUUGUAGAAGAAAACGAGUAUAGGAUUUCGUUUAUGGAAGAUGUUGGCCAUCGAAGGCGAAACGCCACCUGCGUUGAACUUGACGAUGCGUUAAAAAACGCCAUACAGCUACUACGGGAUCUAUUUUUGAGAAAAACUAUGGAAGAAUUAUGCAUGCUUUGGUAGCAAUAUACUGUGUUUGAGCCGCGAUAUUCGGACACGGCGGUAUGCCGUGUGUUCUGACUCUAUUAAACAGAGGUAUACUACGGCUUACUUUUGGAGCCAUUAAUCAUUAAUACAGCGAUACAUCGAAACAAUAUUCUCACUAAAUAAUCAAGAAGAAUAAACGACUAUUUUAUAAAGUUCAGUUAAAUGAGCAUUAAUGAAAAUAAAUGAAGAUAUACAAUGCGACUCAUAUGUGCGUGCAAUAAUGUAAAGUUGUUUUGUUUGAUCUACCUAAUUUCACUCCCCAUGAAGUUUUAAAUGAAAUAUUCAUUCGUCGUGAAAUUUUGACAACAAUGGCUUCGAUUAUAAAGAUUGAAAGUGAUCACCCGUCAAGGCGUCAGGCUGGCUGAGGGAUCAUAGAAUUUUCAAGAAGAAUUUUCCAGACGAACAGACGAAAUAGUCAGUUUUUGUGUAAAUACAAGAAUGACUACCGAAAUGACAUAGCUGCAUUGCUUAAUCCCCAGUGAAACAACGCUCGAAAUUGACACGAGUUGGUGAAAGUUGCAAGUCUCGCUCGCAUUUGACCCGCCAACUCUCAUCAACUGGUUCAAAUUGGUAAUAUAUCCAGUCAACGCUCAUCAACUCUCAUAGAGUUGAGAACACUCUCAUGCAAACUCUUGCUUUUCAACUUUCAUCAACUCUUAUCUUGAAGCAGGUGAUGCCGGUGUCAAUACAAUAACGGGCGAAUUCAGAGUCUCGC